AUAGGGUUUCCCAGCAACACCUGUAUCUCUCUCUAUCUACCUUCACUGAUACUCACCCGCCUUUUCACCUUCACCGCCAUUCCUCUCAAUCAAACCCCAUGUGUCACCCACACCCCACCCCACUCUCUAGAUCUCUCUUUGACGUCGACUGUAUAUAUAUGUCUGUAUAGGUUAGCUUACAAGAUUUCAACAGACAGGAACGUGACCCUAGAGUUCGUCAUGUGCUACUAGCUAUUUUUCUACUCUGAAAUCAAUACAUACCCAACUGACACAAAUUCAUGAUUCAUCACCCUGUCGUGUCCUAUAUGGAGUGAGAUUUUCCUUUGUCGCAAUCGUCAACAGGAACUGAAGAAUGGAGAAGAAUCCCCUUUUCCCAUUCUGCUUCUUCAUCUUCAUUUUCAGCUUCGUAAGCUGUGCUUCACCUCUUCCGUCAGACCAAAACGAUCAAAUCAACUCCAUCUUAGGGGAAGAUGGGGAAGAUGGCCAUUGGAGAAAUGGGAUCUUGAGUUCAUCAGCUGAAGCUCCUGCUCCUUCUAGUGGAUCAUCUAGUGCACUUGUAUUAGCGGGUUCAAGAACAAAAAGACCUGAUAUUCUUAACCGAUUCAGAAAGUAUCGUGGUGGAUGGGACAUUACCAAUAAGCAUUACUGGGCUUCAGUUGGAUUUACAGGGUCUGCUGCUUUGAUUCUUGGUAUGAUAUGGUUUGUGUUCUUUGGUGUCGCCAUGAUCACACAUCACUUCUGUGGAUGGAGAAUCGACAUCAAAGGCAAAGAAUCUAGACUUUCUCAAACACUAUGCUUGAUUUUGCUCAUCGUCUUCACAUGUGCUGCAGCAACGGGAUGCAUUCUUCUUUCAAUUGGGCAAGAUGAGUUUCAUGGUGAAGCAGUGGACACGUUGAAUUAUGUUGUGAACCAAUCAGAUUACACCGUUCAAACACUUGUAAAUGUCACUGGGUAUUUGUCGCUUGCUAAAACUGUGAAUGUGGCACAGUUUUACCUUCCUUCAGAUGUGAAAGACAGUAUUGACAAACUGAAUGUGGACUUGAAUUCUGCUUCAGAUACAUUGGGUAGAAAAACACAUCAAAAUUCAAGAAAAAUAAGGACUGUUUUCGAUGCUGUGCGAUCUUCCAUGAUUACUGUUGCGAUAGUAAUGCUUAUUGUUUCCAUUUUAGGCCUUUGUUUGUCGAUUCUUGGUCACAAAAACGCAAUCCACUUAUUCAUAAUUGGUGGAUGGUUGCUUGUUGUGGUUGCUUUCAUCCUAUGUGGAGUUUUCGUAAUCCUCAACAAUGCAAUUUCGGAUACAUGUAUGGCUAUGGAACAAUGGGUGGAUCAUUCAGAUGCCGAAACUGCCCUUAGCAACAUCCUUCCAUGCGUUGACCAAGGAACAACGAACCAAACUUUAUAUAAAAGCAAACAAGUGAUCAACGAUCUCGGAAACAUCGUCAAUGGAUUCAUAGGUUCAUAUGCGAACUCAUACGGCGUACUUCCGGCGAACUCCAAUUACUACAACCAAUCGGGCCCACUGAUGCCCUACGUUUGCUCUCCAUACGACUCACAGCUCCAACAACGAAACUGUUCUUCCCAAGAAGUCUCAAUGUCAAAUGCGUCUCUGGUGUGGUGGAAUUACACGUGUACAGUAUCGGAAUCUGGAAUAUGCAUGAGCACCGGAAGAUUGACUCCUGAUAUGUAUCAGCAAUUAGUGGGAGCAGUGAACAUAAGUUACGCCCUCCAACACUACACGCCGCCGCUGCUCAGCUUCCAAGACUGUAAUUUUGUUCGGGAGACAUUUACGACGAUCACCUCCGAGCACUGUCCGGCGUUAAAGCAGCAUCUGCAGAUGGUGACUGCAGGUUUAGGGCUUGUUUCUGUAGGGGUGAUGUUGAGUCUUGCACUUUGGAUAGUAUACGCAAACCGCCCCCAAAGGGAGGAAGUGUUUGCUAAGAUUACGUCUAAAAUUAAAGGCAAAUGCAAUGGAAAACUUUGUCGUGGUGAUGCAAGAAGUCAAAUCACAGAAGUUUGAUACGUGGAAAGAUUAUUUAGAUUAGUUUUGAUACCAUCCGGGUUUUUGUUGUUGUAAUCUAAAUCUAAUUUCGGCCGA